GUCGUUGUUGUUUGCUCUGUUUUAAGGCCUUUGUGCUUCUGCUUCCCUCUUUUAUAUAAACUCUCACUCUGCUUUUUCUCUUUUUAUCUUUAAACGGAGAGACAAAGAAAACUACAGAGCGAGAGAGAGGAUGAGAACGAAACGUGGGCUUUGUUACCCUAGUCUAGUAGAUGUUUGUUUAGACCAGAGAGUAGUCUUUAAGAAGAGAAGAGUUAUCACCGGCGAACGGAAGAUGGUUUGCCGGAAAAGACCUAAACUCUCGCCGGGCAUGCCUGGAGAGUGUGACUUGUUUGAUACUUUACCUGAUGAUCUUGUUGUUUCUAUCUUAUGCAAACUCAGCUCCACCGCUCGUUGCCCAUCCGAUUUCGUUAACGUUUUGAUGACAUGCAAGAGAUUAAACGGCUUGGCUAUGAAUUCUCUGGUACUAUCUAAAGCUUCUGAGAAAACAUUCGCUAUUAGAGCCAAAAACUGGUGCGACCCAGCUCACCGUUUCUUGAAACUAUGUGCCGAUGCCGGAAACGUUGAAGCUUGUUACACUCUGGGCAUGAUUCGGUUCUACUGUUUAAACAACCGAGGAAGCGGAGCGUCGCUCAUGGCCAAGGCCGCGAUUAGCUCACACGCGCAGGCACUAUACUCUCUGGCCGUUAUUCAGUUCAACGGCAGCGGUGGUUCCAAGAACGACAAGGACCUGCGAGCCGGCGUGGCUCUUUGCGCGCGAGCAGCUUUUCUUGGUCACAUCGACGCGCUUCGCGAGCUUGGCCACUGUCUCCAAGACGGUUACGGUGUCCGUCAAAACAUAGCCGAGGGGCGCCGGUUCCUCGUCCAAGCUAACGCUCGCGAGCUAGCUGCCGUGCUCUCGUCAGCACCAUCGCAAGUUACCGUCACGCGCUCAUGGCUGACGUGGAAUUCGCUCUCACAUGCACACCCUCACCCAGUUCCUCAACCACAGAAUCCCAACGGUCAGAUGACCGGGAUGGGAUGUCCGUUACUAAGUGAUUUCGGUUGCAAUGUACCGGCGCCAGAGGCACACCCAGCAAGCCGAUUUUUAGCCGAGUGGUUCGCUUUACGUGAUGGCACGCCGGAACAGGGAUUAAGGUUGUGUUCACACGUAGGGUGUGGGAGACCCGAGACAAGGAGACAUGAAUUUCGUCGGUGUUCGGUCUGCGGGGCUGUAAAUUACUGUUCACGCGCUUGUCAAGCGCUCGAUUGGAAACUGCGACAUAAAGCCGAGUGUACGCCAGUUGACCGGUGGCUUGACGAAGACGGUGAAGUUGAGGGUGAGGGUAAUAUUAUUGAGGUUGAGGAAGGAGAAGGCGAAGGAGAAGGAGGAGGUGGUGAAGGGGGUGAUGACGUCAUAGCUGAUAGUUAAACGGUGAUGGGAUGUUAGACUGACGGAGAUAGUGACUGUAACGUUAAUGGUAACGGCAAUGGCACAUAAUAAUAUAAUAUGUGUUUAUAUAGGCGUCUAAAAAUGAGAAAAGAGAAAAACGGAGAAAAUUGAGACCAGUUUUGGUGGAAAAUUUAAUUUAACUUUUAUUAUGGUCGUUGGAACUUGGAACUUGUAAGGCAGUUCGUGAACUAAAGUUUUGUUUGCCCUUGUUUGUAUAGAGGGGUAAAUCGGAGAAAUCAAGGGCUUUUUCUUUUCUUCUUUUUUUCAAAAUUUCUUUUUGUACUAUAGAGCAACUUUCUACCUUAAAUUUCGGUAAAUUAAAAUUCAAACCCCGUAAUUUCGUACA